AUGGACUCUCCUUCGAUUUCUACGGAGGUCUUUCAGCUCAACUCGGUCUCAGGCGGCCUCCGCCCGGGCUCCAUCUCCUUCAAGAAUGUCACGUUAGAGAGCGAGAAGUAUGUCUGCGUCCGCGAUGUUCAGGGCGAUGGGCCGACGUCACUCGUCAUUGUCGAUCUCGAGAAGCGCGAGAGCAUUCGAAACAACGUCAAGGAUGCGGAGUCGUGCAUCAUGAACCCCAAGUCGAAGAUCCUGGCACUACGCAGCGGCCGCAAUCUGCAGGUGUUCGAUGUGGAUGCCUCGCGGCGGCUCAAGGCGACGCUCUUUCAUGAGGAUGUUGCGUACUGGCGCUGGAUCGACGACCGCACCCUUGGCAUUGUGACGGCAAAGGCUGUCUACCACUGGAGCCUCGACACCGCCACCGACGCGCCGCAGCACAUCUUCGACCGAAGCGCGGACUACGACAGCAGUGUGCAGAUUCUCUCGUACCGCAGUGACGAGCAGAAGAAGUGGCUCGUCGUGACUGGUGUGGCGCGUGACCCAUCGGGUACGAUGGUGGGCAAGGCGCUGCUGUACAGCGUCGAGAACCGCAGCAGUCGCGUGCUCGACGGUCAUGCGUGCUGCUUCAUCUCUACCUCCACCCCGUCGGAGCCUCGCAAGUGCAAUGUGAUGUGCCUCGCCUGGAACAGCCCGCAGCAAGGUGGCCAGGUCAUGAUCAUGGAGCUACCGACCGGCUCCAAGACAGAUUUGUCGGUGCUGCGGCGGGUUUACAGCGUACACAUUCAGCCCGGCGACUUCCCGGUGGCCAUGAACGUCUCGGACCGCCACAAGCUGUUGACCGUGGCGACGAGCCGGGGCAGCUUUGUGCUGAUGGACAUCUUCACCGGGACCAUUUUGGUAGAGCAGCAGUUUUCGAGCUCGGUGGUGUUUUGCGGCGCAGCUGACAACAAGGUCGGCGGCGUCUUGUGCGUCAACAACCAGGGCGCCGUCAUGCGCAUCGGCCCCAACAACGACGGCAUCAUCGACUUUGUCAAGAACCGCAUGCACAAUGCCGAGCUGGCCCUGCGCAUCGCUUCCACAGCGAACCUCGGCGGCGUUGAUGACCUCUUCAAGGUGCAGCUGGACAACUUCCUGCGCAAUGGCAAUGUCGAGGAGGCAGUCCGCACGUGCCUGCGUGCGCCGGGGAACUCGCUGCGCACGCGCGAGAUUCUCAUGCGUUUCAUGCAAAUGCCGCAGCAACCGGGCCAGCCGCCGGCUAUCUCAACCUACUUCAAGAUCGCGCUGGCGGAGACAAGCCUGAACGAGUGCGAGUCUGUCGAACUUGCGCGCGCGGUGGUGCCCAAGGGCGGCAUCGGCUACGUGAAGCAGCAGUUUGACGAGGGCAAGCUGACGGCCUCCGAGGAGCUGGGCGACCUGGUGCAGCAGGCGGACUCCACCAUGGCGCUGAAGAUCUUCCACCAGGGCAACGCCCACGCCAAGGUGCUGAACUUGCUGCUACAGCGCAACGAGACACAGAAGGCGGUGGAGUACUGCAAGCGCGCGAGCUUCUCGCCGGAUUGGCGUGUCAUCAUGAACAACUUCAUCCGAGUUGCGCCGCAGGACGCUGUCAACCUUGGCUUGAUGCUGUACCGUGAGAUGGGCGACAGGCCGGUGCUCACGGCGGAUGAGGUGGUAGACAUGUUCGUGUCGGCCCAGCAGAUUCAGCAGGCGACCGAGUUCCUUCUGGAGAUCCUCCGCAACCACAAUGACGAGUCGACCAUGGAGCUGCAAACGAAGCUGCUCGAGAUGAACCUCAAGUACUCACAUCCAUCCGUCGCCGAUAAGAUCUUCGUCCGCAAGAUCUGCCAGUGCUACGAUGGCAUGAGGCUGGCACCCCUUUGCGAGCGUGCUGGUCUGCACCAGCACGCGAUUGACUGCUACAUAAUGGCGCAGCAGCAGGACUCCGACCUCAACAACCUCGCCAGCAUCCGCCGCUGCCUGCAGCAGUUGCAGAACUUCAACCCCGAGUGGAUCGUAGACUUUUUCGGCAAGCUCAACAAGCAGGACAGCCUCAAGUGCCUCGAGGAUCUCUGCACCGACUCGCGCCAGAACUUCAAGGUUAUUGUGCAGGUGGCCACCAAGUACAGUGACGCCCUGGGCGCCGCCGACCUCAUCAACCUAUUCCUCGAACACAGCCUGUACGACGUCCUCUACUACUACCUCGGGGCCGUGGUGCCGUACACGCGUGAUCCCGAGGUGCACUUCCGCUACAUCGAGGCCGCUGCUGAGAUGGGUCAAAUGCAGGAGCUCGAGCGCAUGACCCGCGAGAGCCCGUGCUACGACGCCGAGCGGACGAAGAACUACCUCAAGAGCAAGCAACUGACGGACAUGUGGCCCUUCAUCAACGUGUGCGAUCAGCACAACAUGGUGAACGAGAUGGUGCACUACUUGGUGGAGACGGGCAACGAGAGCUUCAUAGAGCAGUACGUGACGCGCCGAAACCCCGGCAAGACGCCGCAGGUGGUUCAGGCCCUCAUCGAGUGCAACGUGAGCGAGGAGCGCAUCAAGAACAUGCUCACGGUGGUUGGGGCGAUGUGUCCUAUUGAAGAACUCGUUGACCGUGUAGAGGAGGUGGGUCGGCUGCACCUCAUCAAGCAGUGGCUUGAGGACCGUCGCAGCGAGAAGAAGACGGACAAGGCGCUGUACAACGCUCUGGCCAAGAUCUACGUCGACAUUGGCCAGAGCCCCGAGCAGUUCCUGUCGGAAAACGAGUAUUACGAUGCGCAGGUGGUGGGCAAGUACUGCGAAACGCGCGACCCCAACCUGGCAUACAUCAUCUAUUGCUGCGGCCACUGCAGCGAGAUGAUGAUCGACCUCUGCCACCGCAACGGCAUGUACAAACAGCUGGCCCGCUACCUGGUGAAGGAGCAGAGCCUUGAUCUAUGGGCGAGCGUGCUGGGGCAGAACUCGGCGGAGCGGCAGCAGCUUAUCGAGUCGGUGCAGCAGAUCGCGUUGCCAGAGAGCGAAUCGAGCGAGGAGGUGAGCACGACAGUGCGCGCCUUCAUGAACGCCAAUCUGACGGAGGAGCUCACCUCACUGCUGGGCCAGAUUGUGGUGCACGGCCGCUUCCGCAAGAACCGCUUCCUCGAGAAUCUUCUGAUCAUGUCUGCGGUGCGUGCCCGCAAGGACAAGGUGAUGGAGUACGUGACGACGCUGGAGGACUACGACGCUAAGGACAUUGCGCACGUCGCCUCGGGCGCCGGCAUGCAUGAGAUCGCGUUUGUUGUAUACACGCGCCACAACAUGCAGAAAGAAGCCAUGACGGUGCUCCUGCAGGACAUGAACGACAUUUCGCGCGGUCGCGCCUUUGCCCAAAAGACGGACACUGCCGUCGUGUGGUCCAUGCUAGGUGAGUACCUGGUGAAGCAGGACGAGGUAAACGAGGGUAUCGAGUGCCUCAUUAGGGCGAAGAACCCCGACCUCGUUGUCGAGGUGACGUCUGCGGCGGAGCGCACGAACCAGUUCGGCGACCUCAUCAAGUACCUCACGAUGGCCCGCCAAUGCUCGCGCGCCAAAGACAACAAGAUUGACACGGCGCUCGUCAUCACGUACGCCAAGACGGGCCGCCUCGAGGAGCUAGAAGAGUUCCUAAAGCAGACGCACAACGUCAAGAUCGGCGCCAUUGCCGACAAGUGCUUCCAGGACAAGCUGUACGAGUCGGCGCGCGUGCUGUACACCGUGGCGAACAACUACGCUCGCGUGGCGUCGACGGAGGUGAUGCUGAACAACCUGCCCGCCGCCGUAGAGGCGGCCAAGAAGGCCAAGUCGAUCCACGCGUACAAGGAGGCCAACCUGGCAUGCAUCGAGGCUGGGGAUCUGAAGCUGGCCGGCGUCUGCGCCGUCCCAGUCGUUCUCAAGGCGGAGGAGGUGAGUGGCAUGUGCAACCGCUACGAAAGCCGCGGCCUCUGGGAGGAGCUAUUCUCGGUGCUCAGGAAUGCCUCUAGCCAUCAGGGCGCGCACAUGUCCAUCUUCACCGAGAUGGGCGUCUUGCUGGCCAAGUAUCGACCCGAGAAGCUCAUGGAGCACGUGAUUAUGUACGCAAAGAAGAUCAACACGCACAAGAUGAUUACCGUCUGCGAGCAGUAUCACCACUGGGUCGUGCUGCGUGUGCUGCACACCAACAACGAGGAUUGGCUGGCUGCGACCAACUCCAUGAUGCAGCACCACGCGGACGCCUUCGACCACGAGAUCUUCAAGGACGCGGUGAGCCACCUCGGCGCCAGCGAGCUCCUCUACACCGCGAUCGGCUUCUACCUCAAGACGCACCCGGAUCAGCUGAACGACUUCCUGUCCUCUAUCUUCAAGCGCGUGGAUCCGGAGCGGGUGAUGGCGGAGACGACGAAGGUGGCGCCAAUUCACGUGAUUCGCACUUACCUCGAGGCCGCGCAGGAGCGCAACGCCAAGAAGGUGAACGAGGCCCUCAACAACCUCUACAUCGAGGAGGACGACUUCAAGGCGCUGCGCCACUCCGUCGAGACGUACAACAACUUCGACUCGGAGGAGCUGUCGUCGCGGCUAGAGAAGAUAGAGCUCUUUGAGUUCCGCAAGAUCGCUCUGCUGCUGCACCGCAGGAACAAGCGCUAUUCGCACGCCAUCGCGGUGGCCAAGGCGAACGAGCUGUUCGAGGAGGCUAUCGACACGGCAGCCGAGAGCGGCGACAGCGAACUGGUGAACAAGCUGCUGGACUACUUCGCGAAGGACUAUCCCGAGUGUUUCGCAGCGUGCCUCUACGCAUGCUACGACUUGCUGAAGCCAGCGACGGUGUUGCAGAAGGCGUGGCUGAAUCAGCGAACGGAGAUGGCGAUGCCGUACAUGAUACAGGUGCUCCAGGACUACUCGAGUAAGAUCGAAAAAAUGGAGAAGUUGAUGAUGGACGCACAGACCGCGGCAAAGGACGCGGCUCGUCGCGCCGGUCCGGUGCAGGACCCCCGCUCGGUGCCGCUAAUGAUCGAGCAGGGUGGCGGCAUGCCGAUGAACGGGAUGCCGCCUCAAUUCGGAUCUGGCCGGCCUUUCUAG